UGUGCAAAACAGAGCGAAAACAAUUGCGCGAUUAGAAAAUUGCUAAUUUUAUCAAAUACUAAGGGAAAUAAUAACAGAAAAUUAUAAUUAUUUAUUUCAUGUACUUAGCUUGUAGAAUUUAAAUUGAAACAAGCUCCUAAGCUCCAACACCACGCAUUCCUGCCAGCAUCCCAUUGAAAUUAGAUUGCAGCUGCCACCACCACCACAAUGAUGAGCCUGCUGGGGCGACCCGACGUAGAAGCGGGAGAAGUGUUUGUUAACUUUAACCAAAACAUAACUUCUCUUGCCGUUGCCACCGGUUCCGGUUACAGCCUGUAUAGUUUGGGCUCGGUUGAUUCCACAUUGGACAAAAUCUACAACACCACAACCGAUGAGAUUUUCUUAAUUGAACGUCUUUUUGAAAGCUCACUUGUGGCCAUUGUGUCACAGCGUUCGCCGCGCAAGCUCAAAGUCUGUCACUUCAAAAAGCAGAGCGAGAUCUGCAAUUACUCCUAUGCGAACACAAUUGUGGCUGUCAAGUUGAAUCGGGAGCGCUUGGUUGUCUGUCUCGAGGAAUCGCUCUACAUACACAAUAUACAGGACAUGAAGGUCGUCCACACCAUUCGAGAUACGCCCUGCAAUCCGCAGGGUCUUUGUGCACUCUCCUCCUCAUCGGAACAUUGCUAUCUUGCCUAUCCUGGCAGCGUGACUGCUGGCGAGGUUCAGAUCUUUGACGCCAUCAAUUUGCACGCGAAAACCAUGAUACCGGCACAUGACUCGCCACUUGCAGCUAUUGCGUUUAGCCCAUCGGGUACUGAGAUUGCCACGGCCAGUGAACGUGGCACUGUCAUUCGUGUGUUUUCCUCGCAGGACGGAAGCCGUCUGUUCGAAUUGCGACGUGGCCUCAAACGUUGCGUGUCCAUUGUGUCACUCUCGUUCAGCACUUGUGCCGAAUAUUUGGUCUCUAGCUCUAACACGGAAACUGUGCAUAUCUUCCGUUUAGAUCGCACCGCUGCCGAGAAUGCGGACAGAGCUGAAAAACAAUCUAGCGACGAUUGGAUGGGUUACUCGUUUUUUAGAUUCUUGAGCAAAACGGUCACCAGUUAUUUGCCUACGCAGGUGACCGAUGUUUUCAGCCAGGGGCGCGCUUUUGCAUCGGUUACACUGCCAGAGGCAGGGGUGCGACGCAUGUGCGCCAUUACCACAAUACAAAAGCAGCUAAGACUCUUGAUUGCCUCGCAGGAUGGUUACUUGUAUGUGCAUUCUAUACCCUCAAUUGAGGGCGCAGAGUGUCAAUUGAUUAAGAAGCAUGAUUUGCGCUUAGAGGACAACUAUGCCAUGGAUAUUAAAGUUAAUUCGCAUCAAACUUUAGGCGUUAGCGGAGCUGCUGGUGGCACUGGUGGAGUUGCAAAUGCUGGCGGUGGUGGUGACGGGAAGAGCGGUGCUGAAAAACCUGGCAGCUCAACUGGUACCAAUGCUGGAACAAGUUACGCUUUGGCUGUUAAGGGCGAUGAACCGGGAAACUCCUCCACUUAGGUGCUAUCCAGUGUGGGCAACAAUAUAAGCUACGACAACAAGAACUCACUCCUCAAAGUACUAUGGACGACGAUGCUAAAGUGAUUGAAAUUUGACGGAAAAGUUAAUGCUGAUGAUGAUGAUGCAGAUGAUAAGGUGUCAAGCAUAAGUAAAUAAAUUAAUAGGUCUUAGACUUAAUAUAGCUUUUAACGUUAUGAAUGAAGAUUCUUCCUCGUUUUUUAUAAUCUGUCAACAAAAAACACAAGAGAAGAGACACCGAGACUCCCUUCCUGAAAAGAAAUUUUUAGUUAUAAGCUCCUCGUGGCUCUGCCGCUAUAAGGGAAAUGCUUUUGUCAUACAAUUAUGUUUUAAGUUAGCUGGUAAAUGUAAAAUGUUUGUGUUAUGAUUUGAAAUAUUGAUUGAUUUGCUUUUAUUAUUUGAUUUGACUGUCGCUUAUUAAAUAAAUAACGUCUUCAAA